ACAGUUCAAUGAGGAAAGUAGACCGAGAUUGACUCUGUCGUUGACCAAUCUGCCUGUGCCCCGCCCCUUCGCUUUCUGCCAGCGGCACAACUAGCUAAGGGAGCUCCAGGCGGUGGGAUGUCGUGGUCCGGCCUUUUCCGUGGCCUCAGUGCGUUCCUGAGCGGCGGCCUAGCCCUGGCCCCCCGGCUCCAGACCUUUCGCCCCAUGGCCACCCUGAACCAGAUGCACCGCCUGGGACCUCCGAAGCGGCCGCCCCGGAAACUGGGCCCCAUGGAGGGCCAUCCGCAGCUGAAGGGCGUCGUUCUGCGCACGUUCAUCCGCAAGCCCAAGAAGCCCAACUCAGCCAACCGCAAGUGCUGCCGGGUGCGGCUCAGCACGGGCCGUGAGGCCGUCUGCUUUAUUCCCGGAGAGGGUCAUAGCCUGCAGGAGCACCACGUCGUCCUGGUGCAGGGCGGCCGCACCCAGGACCUGCCCGGCGUCAAGCUCACUAUUGUGCGCGGCAAGUACGACUGUGGCCAUGUGCAGAAGAAGAAGUGACCACCGGGGGCACGGUGGACUGGGUGUCCCUGCAGAACUAGAACCUUCCUCUCUCCCCAGGAUCCACCAGGGUCCUUGGAAGGCUAUUCAACCUCUAAAGCCCCCCCAAUCCUAGAUUCACGUUGUGGCUCUGCCUCUUCCAUGGGGAUCAUCAUUAGCCCAUAGUGUCCUGGGUGUGAAUUAGAAAAAGGCGCCCCUUUCUGUUAAGCCCCUGGGCUGGUGUAGAGCGUUGGCAUGAGGUACUGAGACUGCACUGCCAUCAGCUGGGAAGGGGUUGUAAUAAACAGACCCAGCUUGGUUGUGAUGUGAAUGGUAUCCCCGGAUGUAUGUGCUCUCCCUGUGGGCUUGGCAACCAACAGCCCCUCUGGGCCUCGGUUUACCCCCUGGAAAUCGGCCCUACUCUCAAUACCUGCUUUGUUCGGUUUCUUGGAGAUUAAAUUGGAUGAUCUAUGUG